GACCGGAAAUACAAGCACAGUGUUUCUAGUGUGACGCGCUGAAGCGAUGGAGCUGCCGCUGAAGUAACUUUGUAGCUAAAUCUAUAGAGCAGUUGGAGGCCUCGGUUCUAGCGAGUCAUGCAUUUCCAGGAGUGGUUUCGCUCCAGCGCCGGAGUCAAAGGUCCUGAAUCCGAAAACCUCUGGAGUCUGUUGCCGUCUCUGCCCCUGUCCUCCUUCUCCCUGUCCUCCUUGUCUCUGUCCUCCUCCUCUCUGCUGGGCCUGGGAGCCCUGGCCUCCCUCACCGCGUACUGGCUGGUGACCCGACCUCGACCCACGCGUCCGCCCUGUGAUCUGCAGGCGCAGUCUGUGGCCGUGGAUGGAGACCCCAGCUGCAGGAGAUCGGCUCUCCUCAAGGAUGACUCGCUGAUGGAGUAUUACUACGAAGACACCAGGACCGUCUUCGACAUGUUCCGGAGAGGACUGAGGAUUGCAGGAGACGGCCCGUGUCUGGGCUUCAGAAAGCCGGGGCAGCCCUACCAGUGGAUCUCCUACAACGAGGUGUUGGAGCAGGCGCAGGUGCUGGGCUCCGGGCUGAUGGCCAAAGGCUGCCGGCCGAACCCGCAGCAAUUAAUUGGGAUAUUUGCACAAAACAGACCAGAGUGGAUCAUCUCUGAGCUGGCCUGCUACACGUACUCCAUGGCAGUGGUGCCUCUGUACGACACCCUGGGGCCCGAGGCCAUGGUGCACAUACUGGACCUGGCGGAGAUCUCUCUGGUGCUCUGCGACCGGGAGGAGAAGGCUGCAGCUUUGUUGGAGAACAAGGAGCGAGGCGGGACUCCAAAGCUCUCCUGCCUGGUUCUCUUCAACGAUUUCAGCGACGCGUUUGUUCAAAGGGCGAAGAACUGCGAUGUGGAGGUUUUGAAACUAGACCAGCUCAUGGAUCUGGGAAGGCAGAACCUCAAAGAUCCGGUGCCGCCCCAGCCUCAGGAUCUGGCCGUGGUUUGCUUCACCAGUGGAACCACAGGGAAGCCCAAGGGAGCCAUGAUCACCCACGGCAACAUCGCCUCCAACACAUCCUCUGUCAUUAAGAUCCUGGAGGGUUCAUUUGUGAUCCAACAAGACGAUGUCUCCAUCUCGUACCUGCCGCUUGCGCACAUGUUUGAGAGGAUGAUUCAGGUGACCAUGUUCUGCCACGGGGCCAGAGUAGGGUUCUACCAAGGUGAUAUUUCUCUCCUAAUGGACGACAUUAAAACUCUCAAGCCCACCUUCUUCCCUGUCGUGCCCCGUUUACUCAAUCGAAUCUACGACAAGAUCCUGGGUUCUGCGACUUCUCCGCUACGACGGGCGCUGCUUCGCUUCGCCGUGAGGAGAAAGCAGGCUGAGCUCAGCAGUGGCGUCGUCCGUAACAACAGUCUGUGGGACAAACUGGUGUUCAACAGGAUCCAGGCUAGUUUAGGAGGUAAUCUGCGGUUUGCCCUGACUGCUUCAGCACCCAUCUCCCCCACUGUGCUGUCCUUCCUCAGAGCCACUCUGGGCUGUCUGAUCUUUGAGGGCUACGGCCAGACCGAGUGCACCGCAGGCUGCACCUUCUCCAUGCCCGGAGACUGGACCGGGGGUCAUGUCGGCGCGCCUUUGCCCUGCGCCAAGGUGAAGCUGGUGGACAUCCCCGAAAUGAACUACUACGCCAAGAACGGAGACGGAGAGAUCUGUAUCAGCGGGCCCAGUGUGUUCAGAGGUUACCUGAAGGACCCGGAAAAGACCGCAGAAGCCCUGGACAGCGACGGUUGGCUGCACAGCGGGGACGUGGGCCAGUGGCUUCCGAACGGGACGCUUCGCAUCAUUGACAGGAAGAAGCACAUCUUCAAGCUGUCCCAAGGGGAGUACAUUGCGCCAGAGAAGAUAGAAAACGUCUACCUGCGUUGUGUUCCUGUGCUGCAGGUGUUUGUGCACGGAGACAGUUUACAGUCUUAUCUCGUAGGCAUAGUUGUACCUGAUCCUGAGGUGUUGGUGGAUUGGGCUAAAGCCCGAGGAUUUGUGGGAUCCUAUGAAGAGCUCUGCCAGAACCCUGAUUUGAAGAAUGCAGUAUUGGAGGACAUGAAAGCUGUGGGGAAGAAAGCCGGGCUGAAGUCCUUUGAACAAGUGAAAGACCUUCAUUUGCACCCAAAGGCGUUCAGCGUCGCCAACGGCCUUCUCACCCCCACACUGAAAAGUAGACGCGCUGACAUCCGCAGAACCUUUCAGAUACAAAUAUCAAGCAUGUACAGCCAGGCGGCCUUUUGAGGGAAGCCACACAAUAAGGUCACUGGUGUCAAAUAUGGGAAAACAAAAAAAAGGGACAGGAACACGGGAAAAGAAAAAUGGAAAUCUAAUCCUAUACAUCCAACACUGCCUUAUUUAAAAUAUACAACUGUAUCAUAGUCUUUCAUUCAGAUCCACCUGCAUACAUACAUCUGUACUAACUUCACAUGGAUUGGGACCAAACCACUUUGUUUUAAAUUUCCUGUUGUCUAACUCACAGUGGAAACUGACUGGAAGAUUUAAAGGAUUGUAUAGUUGUAGAGAUAAAAAUAAACCUGCGCAGACCUUCAGUUAGACAUUAAAUCUGACCUGAUCUUUUUAAGGGGGGGGGGGUCCUGUGAAAUUGUGCUUAUAGAACUUAAGGGUUGUUAGACCCUUGUAUCACCGUGACAUUAUCUUUUCAUGAACACAUCUAUUGGGUAUUUCUCCUUCCGGUUCUGCAAGAUUUCAUAAACAAGUGAACAUGUAAUUAUCACAUGAAAAUAAAAUUUGACUUAAAAGGUUGAACUGUACAUAUUGCGUAAGACAUUCGCUGAACGGACACUACUGACUAGUUCCAGUAAAGGGAUAAUAAAGAUUAGCAACUCU